AAAUUGAAUGAUUGAGUUUGCUGGAUGUUUAUUCCGUAACAAAAAAAAUCUUAUCCAGAUUAAUUUGAGCAAUAAACAGUGGUGUGCUAUAGAGGAAGCUGGCAAGAAGCACCGACACAAAACGCCGAUGACAGCAGAAGCGCUCACUUAAGCAAAGUGGAUGCGAUUAGUCAUCAUCAUUUUGCGCGAGAGAGCCGUAAAUUCCAUCAUUUGUGGAAAUCUUCUGAACGCGGAUUGACGCGGAAAGGGGGGCAGAAUUUUUUGAAAUUUCGCAGUCUGCUCAUUGCAAGCAGUUUCUGUUAUUACCCCUCGCUCCAGUGAACCGUGAAUCGACCUUGUGUCUUGUGUGUUUUAGUUCCGCAGCACCUGAUUCUCGCGAUUGAACACCUACCAAUCGUUUGGAGUUGUGUUUCCACAAACCGUCGCAACGUCGCACAUCAGCAGUUUGUGGAGUUGACCGCCGAUAAGGAUGGAUAUUUUUAUUCCGAUUGCAAUCUGCUUUAUUUUGUUCAUCUUCUUUUCCUUGUGCGGAAUGUGCUGUAAGCGGAGACGUGACCAGGGAGCCAUUAUUGCCACCCCGGUUGUGAUCACAUCCACUCAGCACCAUGUCGGAGGGUAUCCGGUAACGCAGGCUAGCGCAGGAGCGGUGACAACACACGGGACGGGAGUUGUGAUGCAGCAGCAUACGACCGGAACCGGAGUGUACCCAAUAGCGCAACCGAUGCCUGGCUACAAUCCAGCUCCUACCGCGGAUUACCCGCGACAGACCUAUCCUACCCAGCAGCAACAGCAGUAUCAGAUGCCAAUGCCGAUGCCAGCGCCGAUGUCAGGACCGAUGCAAAUGCCCAUGCCAUCCCAUGCUAAUGCACCACCAGCCCCGAAUACCGCAGCACAUGCAGCGAUGAAUCCUCCCAGCUACGAUCAGGUCGUAAAUACAAGUGAAUACGCCAAGCAGUCGCCUUACAAUCCCAACUUCACCGGCUAGUACGGUUAGUACCGUAGGGACUAAGCACAAACCGAUCGAAGGGUCGCUCGGACCAAGACGCGUUAUUGUAGUCUAAGAGAGAGAAUAAUCAAAUUGUCAUCCAGCAUCAAACUGAGGAUUGUUCGGUUCCUAGUUUUCGUAGCAUUCAUACAUCGAAGCUAGUUUUUUUUAUGAAUUCAGAGCCAUACCCCAUAUAAAUACAUUUUAGAAUUGUAUUAGAUAGGUGAACAUUUUAAUAUUUGAUUGUUAGCACUGAUGGUAAUUUUCUGUGCGUGGAUUGUUCAGACCAAAAAAUUUAUCGUUAUUGCUGUUGAGGAAUGAUUUAAGAAAGGUAUUCCGAUUGUUGUACAUAUACGUGAAACAUAAAGUGAUCAAUCAACUUAUGAUUAGCAAAGGCGUGGAAGAGUUUAGCCAUUAAAAUCAUUCAUCUUCUAUUGCUGUUGUCGAGUAGGUUAUAUGAUAUCAAUGAAUUGGUUGCCUGAAACCAUAAGUCUAGGAUUAAGUGUUCUUAUUUACCGUAACAAUGAAGUCUUCUACAUCUGUGGAACGUGAAUGAAA